AGUAUAUGAUAUUUAUAUAUUGCUGCAUCCUGAAUAAUUAAGUGCACUGAUUUUUUUGUCAAUUUUUCUUCCUUUUUUCCGACUAUAAUAUUUAAAAACUGAAAACGGAAAUUACUUAUUAUUAAUAAGAAAGCUGUAAAUUGGGGCGGAUUUUUAAACAAAAGGCGUUUAGUGAUUGAUAUAACAUCUGAUCUGUGAUCAUUGAUUAUAGUAGCCGUGAAUAGAGACCGAGGGCAAACAGGAGUACGGAAUCCUCCGAUAUAAGAGGCAGACGUAACCCUCCACUGGGAAUGCUGAUAUACAGUGAUUUGUGAACAUGAAAAUAUCAGAAAAAAACGUAAACUUUCACUGUGUGUAUGAAACAUCUGUUCCUAUUCCUGCUGUGUAAAUUAAAGGAAGAUUACAUCGUUUUGACAAAUCUCUAUAGAGCAAAAACGCAAGCCUAGGUAAAUUGUGGGGGAAAACAAUUGGUUGUUCGGAUUCCAUGCAAUUUAUAAGGGAUAAGCUGGUUAGGAUUGUCAUAUUAACAUUUUAUUGGGAUAUAAUGAAAGGACUUCCGACCAAUGUUCCCGGAUGAUGUUGGAUUAAAAUGUCAAAUCUCAUCGGCUCUCCCAGAAUCUUACUCAUCAGAAUAAAGCUGUAUAGUUAGUGAUGGCGGGGAGUAUUGAAUUGCUAAACAGGGGAGAUUACUCCCCUUUGGCAAUCUCGGAUAACUCAGCCCUGACCGACAUCGAGUCACCGGAGGCUUCUCCUGCCCUCAGGACAAAGAUGACGUCAUCUACAAACGUCAAUUCAAUCGCAGAUGAUGGUGACAUUGUGUUUAUUACGUCAGUGACUUCAGAAACAGAACCAGAAUCACAGGAUUUUCCUCAUGUGAAACGAAGACCCAAAAAAUGUGACAAGACUUCCAGAGAUUCCGCACACCGGAAGAGCGUCCGGAACCGGGUUCGUCGUCGACUCAGCAGCUUCCACGAACAAAUUCCCGUCAAAAUUCAAAACUUCGUCCUUAAAUAUACACUCUUUUUCUUCAAUUUUUUAUCAUGGUUAGGUGGACUUGGGGCGGUGGGAGUCGGCACGUGGCAGCUCACAGACGACCAGAAAGUCAUCACGGACGCUGUAGACUUCGUCCUUGACCCAUUUAUCAUCCUAUGCAUUAUUGGUGCUAUCACAUUCACCAUUGCCUUUCUUGGUUGUGUCGGUGCUAUAAGGGAACAUGUUCUCAUGCUAAAAUCUUUUUACAUUUGUCUUUCAAUCGUACUGGUGAUUGAGUUAAUAUGUGGGGUCUUGGUCAUCGUGUGUUAUACCGAGCCCGCGGCCAGGGACUUUCUACGCCUCACCCCAGAAACGCUACUCAAACGCGCCAUAGUGCAGUAUAUGGAGGAUAAAAGUAUUAAAAAACUGAUGGAUACCAUUCAACGACAGUUUAACUGUUGUGGUAUCAGUGCUACUGACGAAGGCUACAAGGACUGGCGACUCAACAUGUACUAUAACUGCACGGAAGAGAACCAAAGUAUAUUCCGAUGUGCCGUACCAGAGUCCUGCUGCAUUUAUUAUCCGGGGGAACGAAUGAACACAAUGUGUGGUUUUGGGAAAACAGACAAAGACUUGAGAGAGGUGCAGUCCUGGAUCUACACUCGCGGUUGUGUGAAGGGCUUUGGAGAGUGGCUGUCUAAAUACGAGUAUAUAAUUCUACUCACUUCAUGUAUCGUCAUGUUUAUGCAAUUUCUUGGAGUAAUAUUCGCCAGAAUUUUCUCAAAGAGAGUAGAACGGCGAAUCCUGUGGCAGAACUUACAUCACCAUACAGAGGAGAGCUAACAAUU